CCAUCUCAUCUCAGCUGUGCUCUCCCGCCAUGCGCGCCCGUUGGUCUAUUCUUCUCUUUUGUGCCUCCGCUGCCCAGCUGGCCUGCUCGUCGCCUCUCUCCGAAGCGGAGCAGGUGCGAGCCGAGGCUCCCUCGUCUGUGGUAAGGUCUCCAUUGCACCUUGCUCGCCGUCGCGAGUCGGGGUAUCAGCCUCGCCACCUGCGGCCGGAAGAGUUCGUCGUUGCUCCUGUAGACGACGACGAGCCACACAUGGGCAAGCGUGAUGGCGUCACCGCGCCCGAUAUCGGGCAAAUGGCGACCUUCACCACGGAGAACCCUGAGCCUACGCGCCUUGGCACAGGCUUCAAGUUCCUUGGUAACAGCAAUCACGAAAUCGACAAGCAGAAUGUCGACAAUCUCGCUCCACCCACCACCGACCAAGGGAGUAUCGUGAACUUGAAGUGGAGCAUGUCGCUCUCGCACACUCGCCUGUUGAAUGGUGGGUGGGUGCGGGAGCAGACUAUUACUGACCUGCCGCCUUCAAAGGACUUCACCGCGGCAGAAAUUGCCAUAGCACCCAAUGCCUACCGCGAGCUUCAUUGGCACCGUGUGCCGGAGUGGGGGUAUGUCCUUGGCGGGAACGGACGUCUUACAGCCAUCGACGAGGACGGCAAAUUCUUCAUUUCGGACAUUCGUGGGCCCACUAACACCAGCGACCCAGAUAUUUAUUACUUUCCUUCAGGCGUACCCCACAGUAUCCAAGCUCUUGAUGAGGGUCUCGAGCUCCUGCUAGUCUUCCCCGACGGCAACUUCGACGCACUCGGCACGACAUUCAUGCUCUCUGACUGGUUCGCACGCACGCCACUAGAUGUGCUCGCGAAGAACCUCGGGAUCAGCGACAUAAGUAUCCUGAGCAAGAUCCCCCAGAAGGACCCGUACCUCCUGCAGAGCACCAAGCCGCCGCCGCCUCUCGGACACGCCAGCGAUGAGGCCGUAACAAGCCCGCAGGGAACGAUCGACCCGUCGCGCUACGUCUUCCGUCUCGCCGACCAAAACGAGACCAUCGCUGCCGGAGGUGGAGGAUGGUUCAAAAUCCAAGACUCUGUGACCAACUUCCCCGUGUCUCAGCAAACCGCCAGCGCACUGGUACAUGUGGAGCCGAAUGGCCUGCGCGAGAUGCACUGGAACAACAAUGACGAAUGGCUGUACAUCAUCAGCGGUACGGCUCGUGCCACCGCCUUCGGAGGCUCCAGCUCCUCGCGUACCUUCGACUUCCAACCCGGCGACACCGCGGUGUUUCCCGCCAGCUACGGCCACUACGUCGAGAACACGUCGCCGACUGAGCCGCUCAUCUACCUCGAGCUAUUCAAGGCCCCGAAGUUUAUAGAUUUCAGUGCGACCCAAUGGCUCGCCCUUACGCCGCCGCAAAUUGUCGCUGAUUUGCUCAAUAUCUCGACUGAGGUCGUAGAGGGCUUCAUGAAAGUGAAACCGGGGAUUAUCGCCUAGACAUUGCACUCCCUUGAUUUUCCUGGAAAAUCUGGUUUAAUGACCUUUUCGACACAAUAAUAUACCCCUUUCGGCUGUUUUACAGGUUCCGCAUUAGCUUGCCUUCGGCGUAUCUGUAGUACGGCUAACAUCUCUGUAUACAAUAAACUAAAUUUCUGCC